AUGCUGAAUCAAGAAGUUUUUAAUUCUCUCAAAAUACCAGAAUACUGCCUUAAACGUCGCGGUGUGAAGGGAGUGGGGGAGCUCGAGAAAUCGGAAGUGCAUGCAUUAACUGAUGAAUAUUGGGACUCUCCAAGGAUCACCCCAAAUUUUGGCGAUGAAAACUGCAAUUCAAUAAUUAAUCAGAAGUUAAGCAGGAUACCCCGAAUUCAUCCUAUUACCCGAGAUAAAUUGGAAAAUUUUGGAAAUACGUCAGGAUCUCCCAAACCUUUUUUUGGGACUAAUAGAGAAUUAUCCAGUAUUAUUUCAAAGAAUAGAAUUUGCAAUGAAGAUUAUAUUGAAAGUUUUAAUGAUGAGGACACAUUAACUCCGCUUGCAUCAUCUGCUGCUAGAUACAGGCUUUAUGAUAUUGAAUGGGAUGAGAAAUCAAAGUUUGAAAAAGAUAAAGAAAAUAGUAAAAAUGUCGAAAUAGAAGAUAGUAUGAAACUAGAAGACGCUGAUUUUUGCCUUCUUGAUUCCAUUGGAAUAAAAGGUUUAAAGGAAUUUGAAACUCAUCAAGGUAAAGUGACUGUUACGGAAGAUGGAGAUUUCAGUUUCGAAUUCUCCAACAGAAAAAAACUCUUCACUGUCAAAGGAGGGGGAUGUUUUGUGGUAGUUAGUGAUAUCAUUAAUAAUAUCAGGAAUAUUUCUGUAAAUCCGUCAUUUGAAUCCACUGGGAUAGCUAGCCAAAAAAGUAAUGAAAGCAAAUACCACAUUAGUGAACUCCCACCGCAGCAUUUAAAAAGAUAUAUUUAUGGGGUUCAUCUUUGUGAAACUAUCAAAUCGUUCAUUCCAAAGGUGAAGCUUAAAAUUCCUCGAGAGGGUACCUAUUUUUUGAUGUCAAAUCAUUCAACUUUUGCUGAUUUUCGAGCUGAAUUCAGCUCGGUCUUAAAAGACCUGGUUCUUUCUGUACAUCUUACUAAUUAUCAAUCAACAAUUAUAUUUACCUCGAAAAGUGGUAAGAGAAUAGAAUUUCAAAAAUAUGUUCUUGAUAGAAUGGGAGUUUAUGAAGAGGUUGACCAGGCUUUUGAAGAAAUUAAAUACAAUGAUUACUUGAUUAAAAAGUCUUAUGAGAUCUCAGAAUGUGGAAUUAAAUGGUCAAAUAUUAUCAAUAUUUGGAGGUUGAUACUCAAUAGGCUUGUUGACUGCAAAAAUCUCGAGCUAAAAGGGCUCAAAGCCUAUUCUGAAUUACUUAUUAGUUCCGAAGUAGAUUUAAUUCAUAGUGAGAGCUCCCCUUUUGGGGAAAUUUGUACGUUGGAUUGGCACAUCAGAAAGAAUGUUUUUGAAAAUAUAUUCCCCGUUCAGGUUGAGGAGAUUUAA